AUGAAGGCUACAGAAACCAGUGAUCCUUGGGCGCGCGUCCUGUAUUUAUACUCCUGGUCACGGUCUCAUUGUCACCAUGGAAACAAUACACAACUUUGUAUGCACAACAAAAAGACGUGAAAAAUGGCAGCCAGGUACGAGGUAGCAGAAGAAGCCGUUGACGGUCCAUAUUACCUCGAGAAAGUUUUAAUUCCAGAAGACUCUGAGGAUGACUAUAAAUACGACGAAGUGACUGUCGACGACGAACUCAGCAUACCUGAGGGGGAAGAGGACUUGGAAACUGCUGUUAAAGCAGUGCGGGAUCAAACUGAUGCCACCGAAUGCACAACACAGACUCAGAGGGUCAGGUCGGCGAAACAUCCAGUUCUUAAAAUACCUGAGGUGGUGGACGACUUUCUCCGCAAUUAUCUGGUAAAAAUGGGUAUGAAAAGAACAUUAGACUGCUUCCAAAUCGAGUGGUUUGAGAUGGGUCACAAAGGCUUAAUGAAAACAGACGUAAUGAAACUCGUCCCUGAUGUCUAUACACACAACCAGCUCCUGGACAACGAGCUGAAAAACGUACAAAGAGAGCGGGAUAGUUAUAAACAGGCUGCAUUUGAAGCUGGAGAAACCAUAGUAAAACUUCAAAGAGAGAGGGACUUCCAUAGGAUGCAGCACAAGCGUGUUGUUCAAGAGAAGAAUAGACUUAUUGAGGACAUUAAAAAGCUGAAGAAACACUAUGCAUCCUACGAUCCUGCUCUUAGACAACUAAAUGAGAAGUAUCGGACAGCUGUGAGGCAGAAGAUGCUGGUUAGUCUGGAGAGAGAAGCUGUCAGCCAGGUUCAGAACAUAGACAGCUCUCUACGUACCGCACAUUCUUUCCCAGGAACCCGAACAGCUCUAAAAUCCCCUAACACACCACAUCAAAGAGAAAAAAUACAGAAGAGUCCAGAAAAAGGUGCACACCUGUCAUGUGACAACAUUGCAUCAAAUUAUGUUAUAAAAGACCCCAACAAAAACACAAGGCAUCCUAAAGACUCUGAAUUCCCAGCCAGCACUCGAGUCAAUCCCUACUUGCCGCAAAUCAAAGCUCUUUCCUCACUAAACACCAAAUCAGCCAACUUCUCUCUCUUCAGGUCUUUAAAAGCACAUACAAUGGCAGUGAGCUUCCUCACUCUCCAUCCCCGUAAAAUGAUAGUAGCCUCCUCAAGUGAUGACCAGCUUUGGAGAUUAUGGGGAAUACCAGAGGGAGAGAUGAUCAUGACUGGCAAGGGUCACACUGAUUGGCUGUCAUCCUGUAGUUUCCAUCCCAGCGGUGGUUACCUGGGGACCACAAGUGGGGACACCACAGUUAAAAUUUGGGACUUUGCUCAAGGUCGAUGCGUGCUCAGUUUGGAGGGACACAUUCACACCACCUGGGCCUGUUCCUUCCAUUCCUGUGGUGAUUUUGUGGCCUCUUGUUCUAUGGAUAACACGGCUAAAGUGUGGGACUUGAAUAGUGAGCGUUGCCGCUGGACUCUGCGUGGACAUGUUGACUCGGUGAACAGCAUUUCUUUCCUGCCCUUCUCAAAUAUUCUACUUACCUGCUCAGCAGACAAGACCCUCUCUCUUUGGGAUGCCCGUGCUGGAUUGUGUGCCCAGACUUUCUACGGGCACAAGCAUUCAUGCAACUACACAACCUUCAAUGCCACAGGUGACACAGUUGCUUCGUGCGACUCUUUUGGGGUGGUCAAAUUAUGGGAUGUGAGGAAUGUGUCAGCAAUGGUGACCAUAGACACUGGGCCUCAUCCCAGCAAUCAAGUGGCCUUCAAUCCAAAUGGAAGAAUUCUAGUGGUGGCGAGUAAUGAUGGCACUGUUAAACUAGUAGAAGUGUUGUCUUUACAUAUGUCGAGUGUAAUAGCUCAUGAAGAUGCCGUUCAGAGUGUCAUUUUUGACCAUAAAGGGGAAUACCUUCUAUCUGCAGGCUCUGACGGUGCAAUUCACAUCUGGUCAUAACAAUAUAUAU